AUGAUGGGGACUCCACCUGUUGACUAUAAUGCAAUGCAACAACAACAGUUUAUGAACCCAUAUAUGCAACCACAACAACAGCAGCAGCAAGUUGCACUCCAACAGCAGCAGCAGCAGCCACAGCAACAUCCCGAGAUGAUGCAACAGCAGCAACAGCAGCCGCAGCAGCAGUAUACUGGAAUGGCAAUUGAUAAUAAUAAUAAUAAUAAUACUAGUGGAGCAGGAGUAGCAAACAACAAUCAGUUUAUGAAGCAACCAUCAGUAGUGGGUGUUCAACAACAAUCCUCUACACAGCAGCAAUCAUCCUCUCCUCCUAUAUCAUCGCCAAUCAUGUACGUUUCUACACCUACACAACAGCAACAUACACCUCAACAACAACAACAACAUACACCUCAACAACCUCAAACCCCUCAGCAACAACAACAACAAGUUCAACAAAUGAUGAACAAACAAAUCACACCAAAUAAUACAUAUUAUACUCAACAAGGUCAACAGCAGCAGCAGCAGCAACCAAUGUAUCAGGCACAACAAAUGUCUUCUCCACCAAUGGUGCCAACUGUACAGAAUCAACCACCACCAAUGCUUUCCCCUGCUCAACAACAAUAUCAAUACCAACAACAACAAGCUCAACAACAACAACAAAUGCUACAACAACAUUUGCAACAACAGGCUCAAGCUCAACAACAACAACAACAACAACAAGCUCAAGCUCAACAGCAGGUUCAACAACAGCAGGCUCAGCAACAACAAGCUCAAGCUCAACAACAGGGACAGAACAAUCAAAUACAACAAGGUCAACAACAAGCUCAAGCUCAAGCUCAACAGCAACAACAACCACAGGGACAGGUUCCACAACAACAACAACAACAGACACAGAGUCAACCUCAACAAGCACCACUUUUAAGUUUCUCAAAAGAAGCUAUCCUUGAAAUAUAUACAGCAACCGAGAAUUUACAAAAGGCACUGUCAGAUGUGAUGGAUCCACAAUAUCAACAAUAUGUACAAAGCUUGAGAAGUAUUAGUAUGAGUGGGUUGUCUUGGAAUGCUUCAGAGACCAACCUUUUUAAACGAGUUAUUGCUAACCAUCGAGUACUAGCAGAUGCACAAAAGACGAAACAAGCCAAAUCUGAACAUCAACAGCUUGUACAACAGCUUGCACAACAACAACAACAACAACAAUCCAAUCCAAUUUAUGGUGGUGGCACUAUAACAACACCACCAAUUCAAUCACCUAUGAUGAUUUCUCAAACAACAAAUAUAGCUACUACACCGACUACAACAACAACUACAAUAACAACACCAACACCAACGGCAGCAGCAGCGGUUUUUCAACAACAACAACAGAUUAUCCAAGGAAUGCCAAUUGGUAAACCAUUGAUGACUCCAGAGCAAAUCAAUUUUGUAAAACUACAAGUCCGCGCGAAUCAAUAUAUUGUUAAAUGGCUACAAACUGGAGAGCCAUUGCCAGCAGGAUUUUUCCAACAAUUGGUUGCCUAUAAAAAUGGGGCAAUGCCACCUAUCAUUGCAACUCAAACUCCACCUCAACAACAACCAUUAUCUAUUCAACAACAACAACAGCAACAGCAACAGCAACAACAACAACAACAACAACAACUUGUUAAACAACCAUCAAUUGUUAGUCCACCUAUUCAACUCCCUCAAUCUCUACCACAACAACCAGUUUUGGAGAAUACAACAACUACAGCAGCCAUUGUACAGCAACCGAUUGCAGUGGUGGCUGCUGCCGCCACACCUGUUGUAGUUGCACCUCCACCUCCACCAGUUGUAGUUGCACCACCCCCACCACCACCUCCAAUGCAAUGUCCUGCACAAUAUAUUAUACCACCUGUUACAGACAGUAUUAAAACUGUUCCAUUGGAUCACCAAUUCCUCAGAGAGGCAAGAGAGAUUAGCAUAAAAGAGGCAAUGAAUCAGAGAACAACGUAUUUGAAAAAGAGUCUAAAAGAGUUUGAUGAUCAAGAGGCUUCAGCUGCUGUAACUGCAGCUGCCAGUAGUCCAAACGCCGAACAAAAAGAUGGAUCAUCAUCGAGCAGUGUUGGAGCAGUUGCCAAUGGAGUUGGUCAUACCCAAGUCGAAAAGAUUUGUGCCAGUCAAAAUGCACAAAGAAUUCGUAUGGCCAUAGAGUACAAACAACUCAGUCUCUUUGAGGUUCAGAAAAAGUUGAGAGCCGAAUUACUCGACUCGGUCGACAGUAGUAUGUUUGUCAACAACACUACUGCUUUGCUGGGCAGCAAGCAUAGUUCAUCGUCGUCGUCAUCGUCGUCGUCACAAAGUGGUUCAGCUUCUAAAAAGAAAACAAAGUUGGAUGGUAUUCUAAGCUCACAACGUAUCAUGCCAUACAAUGAAACCAACCAAAAUACACCAGAGGCAAAGACACGAAUGUCGAGCUUCCUCAAACAGAUUUUGGAUCAUGGACGCGAGUUUAAAGAGUUUCACAGCAACCAGAUGCAAUCGACCAAAAAGGUAGCCAAGCGUGUAACCAGCUACUUUGCCAUGCAAGAGAAAAAGGAGCAGCAGCAGCGUGAAAAGGAGGAGCGUGACAGACUUCGUGCACUCAAGAGCAACGAUGAAGGCAAGUACCUCAAGUUGCUCGAACAGACCAAGAACAAGCGUCUACGUGAGUUGUUUGACCAGACCAACGAGUUUCUCGACAAGAUCUCGCAUCUCAUUCAAAAGGAAAAGAUGCAAGACGAGGAGGAACUGGCCUUGCAACAAGCAGAGGCAGCCGAUGCAGCCAGCAACGCCACCACCAUCACUGACGAGAUAUCGACCAACAAUAGCAGCACGAGCAGCACUGCACCCGUUAGCAAGCCAGCCGACGCCUCUGCCAAGCGUCCGGCUACCGCACCAGCUCCCGCUCAGACGACACUAGUCAGCAAGGCACAUUCAUACUAUAGCAAGGCCCAUUCCAUCACGGAAGAGAUUCCAGAGCAACCACAGCUUUUGGAGGGCGGUCAGUUGAAACCCUACCAGAUGCAAGGUCUGCAAUGGAUGGUGUCACUGUACAACAACAAGCUCAAUGGUAUCUUGGCCGACGAGAUGGGUCUCGGAAAGACUAUCCAGACCAUCGCUCUCAUCACCUAUCUCAUGGAAAAGAAGCAAAACAAGGGUCCCUACUUGGUGGUCGUCCCUCUCUCUACACUAGCCAAUUGGGGUCAAGAGUUUUCAAAGUGGGCACCAAAGGUACUCAAAGUACUCUAUUAUGGUAAAAAAGAGGUGAGAAAAUCACUCUACGAUACCCAUAUUGCCCCAACAAAGUUUAAUGUACUCGUCACCACCUAUGAAUACAUUAUCAAGGAUAAAAAUAUGCUCUCCAAGAUCAAGUGGAACUAUCUCAUCAUUGAUGAAGGUCAUCGUAUGAAAAACUAUAGUUCCAAGCUCUCUAUUAUCCUUGGUAAUGCCUAUCACUCGAGAUACCGUAUUCUCCUAACUGGUACUCCUCUACAAAACAGUUUACCAGAACUUUGGGCACUCCUCAAUUUCCUGUUGCCCAACAUUUUCGAUUCGGUCGAUGAUUUUGAACAAUGGUUCAAUGCUCCAUUUGCAGGUGAAAAGUUGGAAAUGAAUGAAGAAGAACAACUACUCAUCAUUCAACGUCUUCACAAGGUUCUUCGUCCUUUCCUUUUACGUAGACUCAAAACUGAAGUCGAAACUCAACUACCUGAUAAAGUUGAAAAGGUUCUUAAAUGUGAAAUGUCUGCUUUCCAAGCUAAAAUGUAUCAAUUAAUUAGAUCUAAAAGUGUUAACAAAUUGAAUCAAGAAGAAGGAGCACCAAGACUUGCAAGAGGAUUAAAGAAUACAUUGGUACAAUUAAGAAAAGUUUGUAAUCAUCCUUAUCUAUUUUAUGAUGAAGAAUAUGCAAUCGAUGAGUAUAUGAUUAGAUCGGCAGGUAAAUUUGAUCUUUUGGACAAGAUUCUUCCAAAGUUAAAGGCAUCUGGUCAUCGUGUACUCAUAUUCAGCCAAAUGACGCAUUUGAUUGAUAUUCUCGAACAUUAUUUCACCUACAAAGGUUACAAGUACCUUCGUUUGGAUGGUUCAACCAAAUCGGAAGAGCGUGGUCCCAUGUUGAAUCUUUUCAACGCACCAGGCAGCGACCUUUUCAUUUUUGUACUAAGUACUCGUGCUGGUGGUUUGGGUUUGAAUCUCCAAACCGCCGAUACUGUCAUCAUCUUUGACUCUGAUUGGAAUCCUCAGAUGGAUCUCCAAGCUCAAGAUCGUGCGCAUAGAAUUGGCCAGAAGCAAACGGUAAAAGUAUUACGUUUGGUCACAGUCAACAGCGUGGAAGAAAAGAUUUUGGCAAGAGCCAUCUUUAAAAAGGAGUUGGACAAGAAGAUUAUCCAGGCUGGUCAGUUUAACAACAAGAGCAAGUCGUCAGACAGAAUGAAAAUGCUCGAGUAUUUGAUGGCACAGGAUGAGACUGCAGAGAUGGAGCGACAGGGUAUUCCAAACGACCAACAAAUCAACGAAAUGAUUGCGCGUACACCUGAAGAGGUCGAGCUCUUUGAACGCAUGGACAAGGAGCGUUCAGAGAUGGAAAACAAACGUUGGAAGCUAGAAGGAAAGAAGGGCGAGUACAAGCGUCUCUGCCAAGAGGACGAGCUUCCCGCUUGGAUCUCCAAGGAGGUUGAGGUCACCGAAGACAUGAGCUUUGUGUUUGGUCCAGGUCAGCGACCACGCUCAUCCAACGCCAAAGACGUGGACGACCAGGAACUCUUGCGUCUGCUCAACAAUGGAGAGAGACGUCGUCGUACCGCCUCCAACGCAGCCGUCUACAUCAACGAAUACAUUGACGACGAGAGCGACGAUUCCAGCUCAUCGUCGAGUGAAGAGGAGCAGGAGGAGUACCGUCAAAAACCAACUCCAAAGAACCACAAGAGAAAGGAGCUUGAUGACGAAGACUAUGAAGACAGCUACAGUGGCAGCCAAGUCAGCACGCCUACCAGUAACAGCAAAUACCCCACCCCCAAGAAACGUGCCAAAACUGCUGCCAAGGAACGCAAGGCACCUGCCAAGAAAAGAGGGUCUACUGCUGCUCCACCCCAACAGCCGUCCACUCCAUCCACUCCAUCUGACAAUAGAGAACUCCUCACUCCACCACCCACCCCAACCACGUCGUCAUCGGGAGCUACGCCCUCACAACCCGCCCCAGCACCCAGAAAGUACAGCGGACGUGGUAGACCAGCCGGCACCAUCAAAAAGCGACCAACCACCGAGAAUGAGAUCAAGUAUCUUGACAUUUAUGAUGCGUUCCGAUUGGACACGGACGAAGAGGGAAGAAAGCGUUGCGAUGUCUUUUUGCGUCUGCCAAGCAAGCGUGACUACCCAGACUACUACAACAUCACCAAGGAGCCAAUCGACAUGAAGAUCAUCAAGGACCGUAUCAUUGGCAAGAAAUAUCAUACACCUGCACAGUUUGCUGCUCAUGUAAAUACUAUGUUUUACAAUGCCCAAGUAUAUAACCAAUCGGGUUCAGAGAUCUUUGAAGAUGCCGUUCACCUUCAAAAAUUCUUUACCAAACUUUUCAAUGAAGCUUUUCCAAACAACCAACUUCCCACUCCAAAACCACCCCUAUCACCAACUCAACCUAUUCAUUUGUCAGCUGACAGCGUCAAAAGAGAGCCAAUCCCAAUGGCAAGUCUCCAAGCUGCCUCUACCACCACUUCCACCUCUUCCACCAGCAGUACAAGUACUACCUCCACCACCGACAAUAGUUUACUCGAUGUCGAUGAAGAUCAAGUAUCAAAGAAACAAAAACUUGCAAACAAUCACAGUACCCCAAGCAAUGGUAAACCUUAUGAUCCAAUGUCUCUAUCAAGCAUGAUUUGCGACGCCAACAAUUCCCCAAUGUCAUCUCCUCCAACUACCUUUUCCAAAACAAACAAUUCGAGAGCAAAGUUUAGUAAAUUCUCUGAUGAUGACAACGAUGGUAUGAUGGAUGACGAUGACGAAGAUGACCUAUAA